GAUAGCCUUCGCUUUGUUCUAUAAAGACUAAUUAUAUGUUCAACCUAUGUCCUACAGACUUUGAAAGUUGUAUUUAUUAUUAUGAUAAUACAUAUUAUUUUGGUAAUGACAUGAUUUAUGUAAAUAUCAUUACUUAUGAUAAAAAGCUGGUAAGUUUCUUUCGCUUGUUUUUCUUGUCAGCUAAAAGACGUCCUGAACAAGUGGUAGGGGAAAAAAUUUUUUUGAACGAUUCAAAAGUGCUUGUGCCUACUUGAAUAAAGAUAUUAUCAUUUCAUUUCAAUGACUAACUACAGUUUGUUUAGUUUUUUCCCCCGCUUAAAAAUCAAUUCAAAAUUAAUUUUGUCGUGAAUCAUACAAACAAGUAAGUUACAUUCACUUUCGUAAUACGUAAUGCUUUCGUAUUAUUGUAUUGUAUAUUACAUUGUAACACACCGAAUACUUUCGAUACGUAUUAAGUGUCCCGUUAGCGUAACCUGUAAAAUAGAUCGUGUAAAUAUUGGAAAGUGCGUUAUCACUUUCUUCAUUAUUAGCACUUAGAUGUCAGUGUGCUCUUCUAAGAAGCUAUGUAUGUUUAAAUUUCGUUAUUUUCAUGUGUUAUUCAGUGAUGAAAACACUUCGAGUAUAGUUUGAAAAUAUUGUUGAUAAUAAAAUAAUACUUUUUCUUAAUAUUGAGUAAAUUUCAUCUAGCGUUUUUUAUAAGGGAGUUAUAUUGAUAUAAAUUAAAAUAUAACAUAAAAAUGCGUUUAAAAACGAUAAUAUCAGUAAUAUUAUUGUCGUAUGUGAUAAUAAAUUGUGAAUGUUCUGAGAAUAGUGAUGUCGAAAUGAGAGGGAAGAAAAAAAAGAAAAUUGCUAUAGGACUUGUGUACAUCGCAGAUUUGGUAUUGAAGAAGUUCUUCUUCUUGAAACUGGCGUACGCGUUCGUGUUCUGGCUAGUGAUCCACAAGGCCGGAUACUUCCUGACCUGGUUUGCCAGUUAUCUGAAGGAGCAGAAACAUCAUCAUCACGAACAUCCACACUACGACUACCACCCUUCUUAUAGCCAUGGACCAUAUAGGAAGCAAAGCUAUGGCAAAAUUUAGUUCUAUCUCAUCAUUUAAUUUAUUAUUUAUUGUCUAAAAUAAGGAAAGAUGGUGGACUUGAAUAAAACAGUUAACUAGUAAGAUGUGUUUACUUUGUUAGAUAGGUCUUUUCCAUAUCUUUUAUGAAGGGCCCCUUUACCCUCGGUUCCCAACUUAGGGGUUUUCCCCCCAACUUUAGGGGGUUAUUGAGUGGGAUGGGAUUUUAUGGGGGUUUUAUAUGUUUAGGGGUAUUUUUAGGGGUUUUCUGAAUAUAUAAUAUUCUGUAAUUCUGAAUAUAAUAGAACUAUUCAAUCCAAUAAUAGUCAUUCAAAUAUUUUUUACUCAUCGAAUGACUUCGGACGGACAUCUAGUGUAAUUAUAUUAUUUAACUACUCUCUAAUUACUAGUAUCGCUUCCUAACUUUCUGUUUAGUCUAUGCUUCCUUCCUAGUCUGUGACAGGUGACUAGAAAUUUCAAGGUCAUGUUCAAAUAGUAAGCUGUUAUGUUAUUGUUCGAAUGUGUAUUACUACAUAUUGCUUUAAUUUUAUAUAUUAUUUAAAAAAAUAUAUAUUUUUAGGGGAAUUUUCAAAUAAUUGAGGCAAUUUUAGGGAUAAAUAUUUUUGAGAGUUGGUUACACUGCCUUC